AUGAAGAUCGAGGAAUCAGAACCGAUUCCAUCGUCGUCCAGCUCUGGCAACGACAUGCCGCCCGCCUCUGCGGCGCUCCUCAGAAGCAUUUGCGACACAGAUUCCGACGAGGAGUUUAUUGCGGCUAUCAAUAAGGGCAGAGAGGUGCACGCGGUGAUGGGAAAGACGGAACUGUACAAAUGGAUCGAGGUCCUCAACAAGGCCGACGCCAUUCUCGAAGAGGCCGUCACAAAGGUAAGACAUUUGAGCUCAAAAUCAUGAUAUUUUCGCUAUUUUCAGAACGAAAACGGAGACAUGAGAUGCGAUUACGAUGCGGACAUGAAAAGCAAGACGAUCUCGAUCAUCCGCUUCACAGUGCUAAUCUUCGAGUGCACCUCGUCGAGACGCAUCUACAAGAGCACCGACAGAAUCACGGCGCUUCUGGAGAGCACGGACAUGGACGUGCUCGCCGAGGUGCUGCGUCUGAUGCAGGUGAUGGGCAAACGAUCCAAGUUCUUGAGUACACGAAUACCAGCCAAGGAUCAGACGGUGCUCGCGCAACGGCUCACCGCCAUCGCUCAGUGCUGGGGAGGCAAACUGCGCACUGUGAAGAUGGCCGAGUGUCUGAAGAAGGAACCGAAGAUGCCGGCGCUCUUUCCGUUCACCUACACUGACGCCAAGCAGCGGGCGGUCACUUUCGAGAAGCCGAAGGUAGGCGGGACUGCGGGCGAACGGGGCACACAAUCUGUAAAGUUUCAGAACGGAGAGACGGUCGGAGAGCUUAUCAAUCGCGCGAUCGCCCAGUUGAGUCCACCGGCCAGCUCGGACACCGCGAGCCCACCACAAGCAUUCUCGAAAGACGAUCAUUACGCCCUUUUGUCGAGACUCCGAAUGCUCGUCGUCUUUGGCGAUUGGCACCACCGCUUUAAGUGUCUGCUCGUCCGUCUGCUCUCCGUCUCCACGCUCGUCUACUGCCGCCUCACCGGCACCGACGAGAACACGGUCAGCUCGCUGCUCUACAGUGGAUUCGUUGAGGAGAUUGUGGAUUUGCUGAAAGUGGAGAAGGAAGGCGAUUCGUCGAAGGACAACAAGCUGCACGACGCGAUUCAAACAGAGGCUCUCUCCACACUUUGCUCUAUUGUCACGUAUGAUAAGGAGCCGAAAAUCGGACAGAUACUGGAGGCACUCUCGGCCGGAAGCUACCACGGAUUCUUGUCGGUGAUGACGCGGCAAAUUGUGGACGAGCUCAAGAACAACAACCUUGGCAAGCCGGGAAAACCGUCAGUGAGCCUGGCCACCGCGCUCUUCUCGUUCAUCUACCAUCUGGCGAGCAUCGAGCCCGGCGGCGACACUCUCGUUGGUUCGGGACUCACGCAGACGCUGCUCAACGUCAUCGGAUUCCACGAUCUGCCGAUCGAGUGCAUAACGUUCGGAACGAGAUGCGCUCGAAUCAUCGAUCUCUUCACCACCAUCGACGUGACGGCGUUCAAGGCGAACAACGGAAUGGACGUGUGUGUGAACCGUGUUGUGGUGAGUUGAAAACGUUAUGAAUUUUCUAAAAAUUCGCUCUUUUUAGCAUGAAAUCAACGAGUGCCGCAAAGAACAACCGUUCGUCAUCGAUACCUCCUACGACAUGCCGUUCGUGGACGAGCCGGAACUCGCGGUCGCCGUCUUGAACGAAGGAGAAGCCGAAGAAGUCCACGAAGACGCUGAGACAGCUGCAAUUGAGCACGGACUGGCCCACGAUCAUCAGAAUCUGCACGCAAUUAUGCCAGCCGAGGCUGAGCCAGCGCCAGAACAAGAGCCAAAAGAAGCAGAAGAAGCCCCAGUGGCGAACAACGGAGUGAAAGGUGGACCGUGGGAGCAGGUGCAGCACAACGGAACGAGCUGUCAUCAGCAGAGAAGCGGGCUCAUCAAAGGACUGCUCACGUUCAUCAAGAGAGCAAUCGGAGACGCUCUAUUCCAGGACGUGAUGAAGCACUUGAUGGAGGGAGACCUGCCGGAAGCGCUCAUGCACAUUCUCUCGAACGCCGAGUACUAUUCGCCGUCGUUGUUCCAUCAGUCGGCGCAUCUCAUCACUAACUUUGUCUAUCAGUUCCCGGAGGAGCUGUCCUCGAUUCAGAGACGCCACGUGCCGUACGUCAUAUUCCAGAGUCUUCUGCGAAAAGAGGUAAGACCAACAAAUUAUGCUUGAAACUUUGAAAAAAUCUGUAUUUUUCAGCUGCCAAACAGCAAAGAUGUUAUUACGACGCUCGGCAAUGUGUUCACCGCUAUGUGUCUCAACGAGCGCGGUCUGAAACAGUUCAAGAGCUACGAUCCGUUUGAUCAGAUCUUCCGAAUCGUGCUCAGCGUCAAGUUCCUCGUCACUCUGCGCAAAAAGCGGACCGUGGAUGCAUUCGAAUCGGCGCACGCCAUAGGCGGAGCCCUCGACGAUCUGAUGAGACACUAUCCGGAUCUGAAGCACGACAUGCUCAAGUCGAUCAUCAUCAUUCUCGAUAUGUUAGACGACAUCGGCCGCAAUCCACCACCGGACGUCGAGUUGGUGCCGACUCUCACAAAGAACAUGGCUCGGAGCGUCGUGUGCUCUCCGAACAGCUCACUUCUGCCGCGAGAAGCCAUCGAGGCGAGACAGGAAGCACCGAGAGCCGCUCCAGUUAUGCCGGAACAGGCUGAUGAACGAGUCGGCGGAAACGCCGGAGACGAAGAGGAAGAGCCGAUGGACGUGGAAGUGGAGGAGGAUUCGGAUGUGGACGAGGAGGACAACGAGAUGUCGAUGGAUGAGAUGUCAGGAGAGGCGCCAAUUGCGGUCAACCAAGCACCGAUUCCACCAUCACCGAAACCUACGGACUUUUCGACGAAGCCGUGGGAGUUUGGCGCCGGAAUGAUGUGCGAGGACGUCACCGGAAAGAAGAUUUUGCCGAUCGGAGACUACAUGCUGCUCAUCGCGCGUGUCGUCGAAACCAUGAUGACGCAGAGUCCGACUCAACGCAUCACCGACGAGUUUUUGGACGGAAAGGUCAUGGAGAAGAUAAUGAAGUUGUGCCACAUUCCGUGCAUCACCUCAGAAGCCACGCACACCGCCUACAUUGCUUCCAUUGCGACUAUCAUCAAGCACAUUGUGGUGAGUAGGGUUUUCUUUGUUUUAAAUCGCUUCUCGAUUGAUUUUGAUUGUUCAGAAGGCUGGUUUCCAGACAAAUCAACGAAAUUCGCCGGAAUCCGGACCCAAGCUCAUGUCAGCCAUCGUCAACGAGUUCCAAAAGACCAUGGAGCCAUUGUUCACCAACAACGACUUUGCUACGAUGAAGGAGACCGGAAAGGCGACGAUUUUGAUGCACACCGACGAGAAGCAGGUGGAGAAGACGCUUGUCGAGCUGAACAGUCUCAUUCCGAUCCUGCUCAACCUGAACAAAACGCCGCUCAGUUCGUCCAGCUACAAUCCGCAAGACUCCCGUUCUCGAAUCUUCGAGACUUGGAAGCUUCCGGAGGGAAUGAAAUUGUACGGAGCGCUUCGCAAGAUCUCGCGAAUGUUGUGCUGGGAGCACGAUCUCGUGCAAACUCUGAAGCCGACCAUCCGAACGGCUGCGACGCAAACCGAAGGAGAGAUGCUGAACGAUCAGCCGACGGACACCCAUCUCGACGUGGAAGUGCUGCCGCCGUGGGAAGACGAUGAAGAUGAAAAAAAGAAGCGGUUGGAGGGUGCGUUGACCAAGGAACCGAGAUGGAAAAUUGCCGGAGUGUCGGAGGAGGAGCAGGACUUCUGGUUGAAAAACAAACCGCUUCAGGACAUUGUCACCAAGUCGCAUCAUCUGGUCAAGGAACUGCUCAAUUCGAUGGGCAAGCAGAUGAACAUGGUGCAGCCGAGACGUCCGAGAGCCCGCGAAACACCGCCUCUUCCGAUCGCCACCACGCAGUGUAUCUCGCUGAUUUUCACGUCGAUCUACAAAGAUCUCAAGUGGGAUGCUCCUGGAGGCGCUCUCAACUCUCCGAUGGCUUAUGGACGGUACAUUGAGCUGCUCUCACAGCUCAAUCAGACGCUCUUCGAGAAUUCUGGACGGUGCGGAAAUCCGCAAUUGGCGCAAAACUUCUACACUUCUGGAUGCCACAAGGCGUUUUUCGAGCUCUUCUCCGAGAAAAUCAUCCCGUUCCUGGGACACAGUAUGCCAGAGGGAGUGGAGCAGACGAUGGAAGAGUGGUGCCGUUUGGCCGCCAAACUCACCGACCGUCAAGCGAUCGCCACCGGAGAGCACCUCAUCACGCGAAGGGACAGAACUCAGGAUUUCGACCCGAACAAGUACCUGAAGUUGGUAUGCCGAGACAUGUUCGCCGUCUUCAAGCAGUUCUUCGAAAAGAUGCAACAACUGCCGGACUGGGAGCUGAAAUCGUUGAAGAAAGUGUGUGAGAACGCGUUCUCCGUCUUCAAGGAGGUCGCCAAGAAUCUUGUGGACGAGGCCGAAACAGCCGCGAGGCCCCAUUCUCCGAACAGGAUUGCUUCUCCUGUAGCCGCUGCCGCCGCCGCCGUCGCUGCCGCUUCUGCCGCUGCAGCUUUCUAUCAAGCCGCCGGAGUCGAGCCUGCUGCAGAAGCAGCUAGACCAGCGGCUCCGCCAGCCGAAGAAGCUCCAGCCGCUCCGGCAGUGCCAGCUCAACCAGAUCUGCAAGAGCAGGAGAUUGCGACGCUGAUGGAUCUCGGAUUCCCGCGAGAGAUGGUGCUCCACGCAUUAGAUCACACGAGAAAUGUGGACGAGGCUGCCAACUAUCUUUUGGCUCAACAUCAUGUGAGUCGGGAAAAUCGGUUUUAGACUAACUCCAGUUAAUAUAUUUUCAGAUGCGUGGACGUCACGACGUCAUGGCAAUGCUUCAUAAUCCGGAGUUGCAACUCCUUCACGGACCCGGAAUGGCCGCCCCGAACGCCGACGACAUCGAAAUGAUGCUGAACGCGGAAAUUGCCGGCGCCGUUGGAUAUGACGUGGUACGUGUCGCGCAGCGAGUGCUCCAAGAAAGCGGACUCGAACAUGUCGGUGCUCAGAUCGCCGAGUUGUUCCCCGACGAAGGAGCCGACGUCGAGCCGGCGAAUGUGAUCAACGAGUCGAUGGAUCGGGUGAGAAACCCGCGCGCCGGGUACGAGGAGAACAUUGCGACGCCGCUGAUUCCGCCGUUGAGCCAGCUGAAGAUCGAGCAGGACGUGUCGCUGAACAGCGCGUGCGAGCAGCUCUUCCCGCUCGUCGAACGUCUUCUGAUCGUCGCCAGCGACACGAUCCACCCGUGUGCCGAACUGCUCACCUCGAUCUUCCCUGCAAUGUCGGACGAUUGGAAGAGAGAGCAUCUGAUCGGCGUGAUCCUCGGAAAGAAUCUGAUGGACAUGGCGAAGCAGCUCGUCGCCCAACCACUCGACGAGAACGGACGUCCGCUGAAGCACGAGGUCGCCAGAACUCUGGCCAAUCGAUUGCACUUCGCCGUGCUGCUCUUCGACAAAGUAUCGGCGGACUACGUGGCUUGGAUUGUUACGUACGGAAUUCUGGAAGUUAUGCAGGCGGCGUUGGACUACCUGGUAAAGCACUUUGACGAGUGCGACUACUAUCAAUCGCUCAUUACUCGCAUUAUCUGUUGGUAUGACUUCUACGCAAAGAACGAGCGUCUGCGCGUGAGAAAGAGGUAUUUGCUGAAGCUGUCGCAGGGCGGCUCACUGGAGUGGUCGUAUCAGCCGCACGACGAGGAGGCGCUCAGAAGACGAACAACCGAAUACAAUUCAGUCGAUCGGAAAUGGAUUGCGUACGAGAAGCCGACUCAGGAGCUCAUCAACAAGGCAUUCUUCAGCGGAGAACGCGGGUACAAGUGCUCGAUCAAGAGAGUUGCAGCGUGAGUUGUCGUUUCUCUCUGUUUUUUUUUCAUAAAUUUGGUGAUUUCAGACGGCCAGCCAAGAAAGUGGACAUCGACUUCCACGUAAUGAAGCAGGUGGGAGAGCAGGGAUUGCGCGAGAACGUCAGAGCCGAUCUUCCUUCCGGAGUCGAGCUCUCACUGUCGGAUUUGAUGGCAUCGGAAGCCGAAUUACCGUGGACGGAGAAGCAAAACGCCGCACUCAUGGACGUCGUCACCACGAUCGUCACGAAAGGAUCCCUGGAUCCAAAGUGCUCGCAUUCGAUGCUCAGUUUCUUGGCUCGCGUGACCAAAUACCAGCAGAACGCCGUCAAAUUCUUGGAGAAGGACGGAGUGAAGGCCAUUCUGAAUCUGCGUGCUCGUUGCGCUCCGACCUAUCCGUUCCUCGUGUCGAUGAUCAUCCGCAAUUGCAUCGAAGACGACGCAAUGCUGGCGGUUGUCUUUGAGAAGACCAUCCGAGGAUACAUUGCCGUUUCACAGACGGGCGCUUCGGAAUACCGGGCGAGCAACAAAGCCAAGGACUUUGCCGAUACUCUUCACGUGCUCGCGCCACUAUCCACCAGAAACCCUGAGGUGUUCGUCGAAUCCUUCAACAAGUUGGCGAGAUUACAUGGAUCCGACAUUAUUCCAAUGAGCCGCGAUCGCGAAAAGAAGCCCACUUCUGCUGCUUCUGGAGCUCAAUCCGGGUCUUCUGGCCCUGCCGGAGCCUCCACGUCAUCUGCUCCACCACCGUCUGCGAGCUCUUCCAGCACCAACACGGGCAUCGAAAACAAUACCCGCGCCGAAGCGGUCGUAAGGCUGAUGCUCGGUGAGGUUCUCUACGGAGCGUUCCCGACAAACGGCCAGGUUCGAAUGUUGUCGCAGGAGAAAAUUCUCAACAUUCUCGCUGAGAUCGUCAAGUCGUACCCUUCGCUGGCCUCAUCGAUAUGUUCGAUGGAGCAUUCGGAGGAGAAGACGAGCGUGUUGCACUCGCUGAUCAGCUCCUACAUAAACGCGGCGCCGGAGAAAACGGAGACCGCGAACGCCCUCAAAACGCUGAUCGCCGUGAUCGCCGCCGCGCAGAACGUCUCGAAAUCGCAAGAAUUGCUUGUUCUGGACAUUAAGAGUGUGUUGUCGACGCUUUCGGAGAAGGCUUUGGCGCUGAGAAACGAGGCAGCAGUUCUGCAUCAACAAACGGACAAGGAGAGCGAGGAGCGAGAGGAGGCGACGAACGAGCUGAAGAAGGAGGAGAACGCGUUGCUCCAGAAGAUCUCGGAGCUUUGCGGCAUUAUAGUGACGAUGUGCCAGAGCUGUCCGACUCACCAUCACCAUCAUCAUCACUCCUCGGAGCGCGCUCGAGAGCGAUCGGCUCAGCAGAAUUCCAUUAUGAAGUUGUUCCACAAGAAAAGAAUGUGCGCCGAUAUUAUCAAAACUAUCCAUUGUCUGCAGCUGACCACCAAGGAAUCGGUGGACACUGUCAAUCAAAUCCUCAAAACUCUGGACACUCUGCUCGAGGGAACCACCUCUGUCGCCUCAUCCACUUCAUCCGGACCUCGUUCGUUCAUGGAGAUUGUGGCCGGAAGAUCUGCUCGCGAGAGAAGAGACGCCGAAAGAGAACUGGAUCACGUGCUUUUCGGAGAAGCCAUCCCCGCCUCGGCCGCUUUCGACGGAGACAUGCGAUCUCUGCUCAGACGACUCAAUCAAGAUACUGUUCGUGGACGUCGUGCAGUUCAGGCAGCCGAUGAAGAGGACGGAUCGGAGACGUCAGAGCGGGAGCGAUCGGACAGCCCAUCGGAAGCUUCGGAGCCGGCCGCCGAGCCGCAAGAAGUGCGCGACGACUCUGUGGAAGCAGGAGAUGGAGACGUGACGAUGCAGGAAGCUCCAGGAGCGGCUCCGAUAGCAGUCGCUGAAGCCAACGAGGAAAGAAACGCUGAAAUGGCGAAUGCUCGACAAGAAGAGGAAGAUGGAGAGGAUGAGCAGGAUGACGAUGAAGACGACGAAGAAAUUGAAGUCGUCGAGGGAGAUGAUACCAUGAGAGCUGAGGAGGACGGAGAAGACGCAGAGGAUGAAGAGGACGACGAUGACGACGAUGACGAUGACGACGAUGACGACGACGAUCAGGAGGAUGACACCCUCCGAGCGGUCGAUCCGAAUCCAGAGCCGCCAGUCGUCAGAAGACUUCUGGACGACGAGGACGACGAUGAGGACGAAGACGAGGACGGAGAUGACGACGGAGACAGCAUGGAAGACGAUGUGGCCAGAAUGAACAUGGAGGACGACUACUUCGACCUCGGAGGACCGUUCGCCGCCGAAAUGCGUCACAUGGACGAAAUGAUCUUCCCGCCGUCGUUCGCGCGUCCGUCCGUCACCGCGUUCGCUGACAUUUUCAGAGACGAUUUGGAUUUCUUGUAAGUUUCGAUACAUGAAGGACACUUACUAAAGCAUUGACAGUUUCAGACCAUCGUACCGCACCGAAAGACGCGCUCUAACUCGCGGUGCUCAGUUUGGAGGAGUUGUGGCCGAGCAUCCGCUCAUGGUCCGUCCGCCGGCCGACAGCGACUUCUCCUCACGCCGCCCGUCUCCGCCGUUCCACCGUGAACUGUACAUGUCCGUCGGAGGACGCACCAGCCUUCAACGCCAAAAUGCGAUCCGUCGCACGACGACUGAAGCCCGGGAGAUCGAGGCGAUCUCGAGAAACCUUCGAAUGGGCGAGAUUCCAUCGGCCAGAAUGGUUCUGAGAGCCGGAGAUACUCUGCCGUCCUCGUUCUUCGACCACAUCUUCGACAUCCGACCAAGUGUCGCGUUCUCGCGUUUGACAGGAUAUCGGUCUUACAAUUCUGGGGUUAGUUUCUCGCUUCUCGUAUAUUCUGAGUAAUAUAUUCAUUUGAUCGUCAUUCAGGAACGUGAAGAGCGCCGUGACACGCGAGCUAGCCAAGUGCCGACGUGCCUGGAGCGACUGGAUUCGUAUACUCAAUCGAUGGAUCCGAACUCCUACCGAUUCGUUUCGAUCGCCAUUAACUCGUAUCUGACGACAUUCCACAAAAUUCGCGAGGCUAACAUCAAGAAGGAGAUGGAUGCGAAGGCCAAGGCCAAAAAGGAAGCCGAGGCUGCGAAGAAGGCCGCCGAGGAAAAGAAGAAAGCCGCUGCAGCUCCACCGCCAGCUGCUGCCGCGCCUGCCUCGACUCCGGUCGAUGGAUUGGCCACUCCGGCCGCGACGAACACCACGAUAACCGUCUCGGAGACUCUCGCACCGAAUGCUUCGGCUGCCAGAGGAGAGGAGACUUCGACGACUCCCGCCGCAGUAUCGGCCCCGCAAGUGCCACCUCAGGAAGAGCCGAUGGAGACGGGAGAAGACGAAGGAUCCGCCGGAGAUGCUUUGCCACAAUCGUCCGCCGCCACGGCCGCUUCAUCAGUCGCUGGACCCGAAGAACUCGAGGAGGUCGAACGGCAAGUGGCCGAAGAAGCGAUCGAGAGACAACUGAGAAGAGAGGCGAACGCUGCGUUGCGGAAUGAGCCUGCUCCUGCUCCGGGACCACUUCACGCUGCCGAUACGACUCGUGUCAAUCCACCGCCGUCGUCCGAUCCACCUCCGCCAGUUCCACCACAAGAAGAGGCUCCAGCUGCUCCAGCUGCUGUACCGGAACGCGAAACAAUGGCCGCUGAGUUCAGAGCCAUUCUGGGAGACAUUGACAUUCCGGAAGGCGUCGAUCCGGCGUUCCUUGCCGCUUUGCCAGAGGAUAUGCGUGCCGAAGUGAUCCGCGACUAUCAGAGACAACAGAGAGCCGAGAGAGCGUCUCGUCCGGUUGCCGCUCAGCCAGCUCCAGCCGCCGUCGAAGCUCAAGGAGACGGCCCAGCGCCAGAAGCCGAGGCUCCGGUCGUGCCACUCGUCGAGCCGAUCGAUCCAGUCUUCCUGAAUGCGCUCCCGCCAGAGUUGCAAGAGGAAGUGCUCGCCGAGCACGAAAGACGCGUGCGUGAAGCCGAGGCCGAGUUGAGAAGAGCCAAUGCGCCGCCAGCGCCAGUCGUCGAGAUGGACGCGGCCGCCGUCAUCGCUUCGUUGCCGCUCAACGAACGUUCGCAAGUUCUUGCAGAAAUGGACGAGUCGGAGCUCUCCCAACUGCCGAUCGAUAUGCAAAACGAGGCGCGCAGAGCCCGUGCCCAGCACGUCGAGCCCAACGUUCUUCGCUAUCAUCGCUUCCUGUUCCGCCCACCGGGAGCAGCCGUCGGAGCCCCGCCAGGCACCAUAUCGAUGGCCGGAAGAGGACGUACAGCAACGAGACCUGGUAGGAAAUAGUGCAAUUUAGAACUAAAAUGCAAUGAAUACCCAGUUUUAGCUGUUCCAUCGGGACCGACAGUCGGACAACAUGCCGGAAACGCAAUUCAAGCGUCCACGGAGCAGCCGCAGUUGUUGGAUCGUGAAUCGAUUCUGACGCUUUGCAUGCUGUAUUUGGUGGACAACAACCGGAUUCCGGCCGCCCGUCUUCAGAAGGUUCUUCGCAGUGCGUGCGUCAAUCAAUCCACGUGCGACUUCCUCAUCUGGUGCCUUCUGGCGCUUCUCGAGAAAGCCAGUGAUUCGAAUUUGGAUGAAGAAGAGGUUUGAACCGUUUUUCGGUAAAUUUUCAGCCUAAUUGUCAUAUUUUCAGAUUCUCUCGCUCGUUCCCGCUUGGCUCGAUUCUAUCUGGGUGACCGGACACAACGAGAAGGCGUUGCGCAUCUCGGAGAACGGUCAGAAAGUGUCCAUCCACUCGUCGCUCGCCAUCCCAAUGUGCAAGAACAUUCUGGACCUCCUGGUCAGCAUCGCCCGUGCCUACCCUGGAAACUUUCUUCCGUCGGUCCUCCGUCACUCCGCCAAGUCCACGGACGUCGCGAAACAGGCGCCAACUUUCCAGCAAUUCUGGUCGAUGGUGCAAAACACUACGAAGGUUCCGAAGAGCAAGGAUUGGACCGCGGCCACCGAGCAGCAACUCGAAGAAUGCCCGCUGGGACAGAUGCUCAACUCGCUGCACAAGCCGAUUCUUGCCAAGUCGGGGCUGAAAGAGAAGGUGCUGAAGGUGGCCAGUCAGAUCAUGGUCACCCUUCCACUCGACACGAUGAAACUGCUCGAGAUCAAGGAGGACGACGAGACGAAGAAGCCGUUAGGCGCCAAAUUGGAGUACGUUAUUCGUGUGAUGACCACCGGAUCGUGCACGGCCGAAGGGCUCGCUGACGGACUCACGAUCCUUUCGGAGGCCAUGCGCACGUUCUCGGAUUCCACUUCUACCGAAAUCUACGAACAUCUCUUCUCGGCCGUCACCAAACUCGGAUCCGAGCUACUGCCACAAAUAGACCACCUGAUUGAGGAGCUCGAUGAGACGCAGAAGUCGACUGACGCUGAGGCAAUUCCAUCCGAUCAGCCGUCGACGUCGAAAGCAGUGGAACUCAGUGUCGAUACGAAUGCCGCGGGAAGAACAGCGACCGGGCGGUUCGACGGAGAACGACUCGUUAUAGACGGAGACCAGAACAUGCGGCUCCAGAUGAGCUCGUGCAAAGAACUUCAACUGCCUGCCGUCACAGUGCUCACCGACAAGGGCGGAGCCCAGUACGCGUUGCUCAGUGCUCUGCAGACGCUCGUCAAGGUUCGCAAUCACAUGAAAUCGAUCAGGAAGGAGAAGGCGAAGCGAGCCAAGGAGGCCGAAGAGAAGGAGAAGAAGAAGGAGCAGGAGAAGGAAGUUCAGUCGAGUUCCACGGCUCCGUCCAACAACGAGGAGCCAGCUCCGGCCGCUGCUGAAACACCGGCUGCUGCUGCUGCUGUUCCACAAGAGGCUCCAGAAGCUGAUCCCGAAUCGCCAUCCGAAGAAGUUGUCGACGAGGAGCCACGUAUCUCGGAGCGACUUCAAUCACUCGAAAACCUCUGGAAUUCGCUGUCUGAAUGUCUGCUGCGACUCGGAAAAGCGUCCGAUCCGCACGCCGUUCUGGCUCUCCAACCCGCCGCCGAAGCGUUCUUCCUCGUCCACGCCUCACAACAACAUCAGAAGAAGAAGGACGCCGAAGCGAAGAGAAAAGAGAGUCAGGCCGCCGGACAGUCGACUUCUGCCACCGCGGCGGUCGCAUCUUCGGUCUCACACGACGGACUCCGCGAGGAACUGGACUCGGACACCUCGAAGCUCAUAGACUUUGCCGAAAAGCACCGUCAAGUGCUGAACCAGGCUCUGCGCCAAAACAACGCGGUGCUCUCCGCCGGAGGACCGUUCGCCAUUCUCACACAGUUCCCGAAACUGCUCGAUUUUGACGUGAAGAGAAAGUACUUCAGAAAAGAGCUCACCAAAUUGGAGCCGUCGUAAGUUUCCAUCAUUUUCUGUCAAUUUCCAACUUUCCUACUUUUAGGGUUCCUCGGUACCGUCGCAACGACGUUUCGGUGCAAGUGUCGCGCAAUCGCAUUUUCUCCGACUCGUUCCGCGAGCUGUUCCGUCUGCGUCCGUCCGAAUGGAAGAACCGCUUCUACAUCAUUUUCCAAGGAGAAGAGGGUCAAGACGCCGGAGGACUGCUCCGCGAGUGGUUCUCUGUGAUAACGCGCGAGAUUUUCAACCCCAACUACGCGCUGUUCAUCACGGCGCCGGGAGACAUGGUGACGUACAUGAUCAACAAAGCCUCCUACAUUAACCCGGAACAUCUCGACUACUUCAAGUUUGUCGGAAGACUCAUCGCCAAGUCGGUGUUCGAGCACAAGUACCUCGAUUGCUACUUCACGCGCGCAUUCUAUAAGCACAUCCUCAAUCUGCCGGUCCGCUAUCAGGAUUUGGAGAGCGAGGAUCCGGCCUACUUCAAAUCGCUCGAAUUCCUGCUGCUCAACCAGAUCGACGAUCUCGGCUUGGAUUUGACGUUCUCGACGGAAGUGGAGGAGUUCGGCGUGCGAUCAGUACGCGAUCUGAUUCCGAACGGCCGCAAGAUCGAGGUGACGGACGCGAACAAGGAAGAAUACGUGAAGCUCGUGUGCCAGAUGAAGAUGACCGGCUCGAUCCGCAAACAACUCGACGCGUUCCUCACCGGCUUCUAUGAGAUCAUCCCGAAGGACCUGAUCUCGAUGUUCAACGAGCAGGAACUGGAGUUGCUCAUCUCGGGACUGCCGACCGUCGACAUUGACGACAUGGCCGCCAACACGGACUACAAGGGAUACCAGAAGACGGCCACGCAGAUCCAGUGGUUCUGGAGAGCGCUGCGAUCGUUCGAAAAAGAGGACAAGGCCAAGUUCCUGCAAUUCGUCACCGGAACAUCCAAGGUAACCGGAUUUCCACCAUAUCUUUUGUGAAAAUUGAUUGUUUGUUUCCAGGUCCCACUGCAAGGAUUCGCGUCGUUGGAGGGCAUGAACGGAGUGCAAAAGUUCAGCAUUCACAUGGACAGUCGAGGAGGAGACAGACUUCCGGCUGCUCACACAUGGUUAGUUUUCGAGACGCGAUUUGCCCCAAAACACGGAUUUUCAGCUUCAACCAACUGGAUCUGCCGGUCUACGACUCGUACGAGAAGCUGCGUAACUCGCUGCUCUUGGCGGUUCGCGAAUGCACCGAAGGAUUCGGAUUCGCCUAA